CGCCUGCCCAAGUCAUCGUAACCGAAGACCUUCUUUAAAUGAGGAGCAAGUCGAUUUUACACUGAAGAAGAUGAUUUGAAACCAGCAGAAAAGGUUACAGCAUCAGCAAACUUUUAUAUUGAGGAGGACACAGAUGUUAAGACUGAAGUUGUGACAGAAACGAGUAUUACCCAUGGAACACAAACAGAAUCGGAAACAGAACCGACUGUCAUCAGUACAUCAGUGCCUGAAAUGAGUAUUAGCUAUGGAACACAAACAGAAUCGGAAACAGAACCGACUGUCAUCAGUACAUCAGUGGCUGAAACCAGUAUUAGCUACGAGACAUCCACUGUGUUGUCGACAUCAGAAACGACAUCAGAAGCAAUGAUGGAAACAACGACGACAACAUCGGUUCCUGCUGAACAAACCACUGAGGAGGAUUAUCCCUCUACAAUGAUGGCACCAUCAGAAACUGAAGACACCACCAUGGAGACCAUAAAAUCAGAAGAUGAAUUUAAAGAUUCAAAAGAGAUCAUAUUGAAAGAAUAUGAGCGAGUGAAAUAUUUGGAAAUCAGAAGUACACUGCUCAUUUGCGCCAUCAUCCUUGUGGCGUUUUUUAUACUUCUUAUUAUAAUCAUAUGUGCAACCAGGAGAGGCGAUUUGGAUGAGGCACGUGCAAUUGAGGAAGGGAGAAUACUCAAGAAAAACAAGAAUAAACCAGCAGCACCAAAUUGAAACAGACCCUGGAAGCAAGGACAAAAUCGCCUGUUGGAUACUCUACAAUGAUUCUGGCUGCUUUCAGCUAUCAUCUGUUUCAGUCUUCUAUUAAUGCUCUUAGUGUUGAUCCAGGGCCUAGUCCAAUUGCCAUUUUGGAGUCAGGAAGGAAUGUUUCACACUUAGCAUUAGAGGUUUUUUUUUGUCUUCCUCUGGAUCAACUAGACAUUACGUAGCUUUUACUGGAGCACAGAUUUGAAUAUGAUGGAGAGGAGUCUUUUUUUCUAAAACUUGCCUUUAAUUGAAUUCUUUAAUAAGAUUUCUUAUAUAUAAGAAAGAACCUACAGCCAUGGAAACUAUCAUCCUAAAUAAAAUAACUGAAAUAAU